GUCAUCUGGCAUACAAGUCUUUUUCCGUUGACUGAAUUGGAAAGUUAUAUAUAACAAAAUAGUUAGCUUUGCUUUCACUUAUUCUUUGAAUAAUUUCACUGUAUUAGGGAUAGUUACCUUAAUUUGUAUUGUUGUGUUUUGUUGUUGAAGUGGAAACCUAGUAUAUAAUCUAAAUUCUCUUAAACAUCGAAAGUUGAAAAUAUUACAAAUCUGAAAAAUUCCUAUAGUUGCAAACCCAAUUAUCAAUCAUGGAAUCUCUUACUAAAGCCUCUAUGGCAGUUUGUCCAUUUGUUAAGGCCUCUUCUGUCCAAUCUUUACGUCAAUUAAGUAUGGUUCAUGGAGGUUUAGCUAAUCAAGCUCGUCAAUGUCCAUUCAUGUCUGCAGCUUUACAAGCUAAGGAACAAGGUAGAAGUUAUUCUUCUGCUUCAAACCCUUUAAAAGCUACUGCUGUUCCAAAUACUACCACUACUGCUCCAAAAUCAAAUCCUUACUCUUUCAAGACUGAUCAAAUCACUGGAGGUCUGUUAAAUGUCAAUCUUUCAUCCAAUGAAAACAAAUUUGAUUAUAAUGGAUUCUUGGAAAAUGAAUUAGAAAAGAAGAGAGUCGAUAAAUCUUAUCGUUUUUUCAAUAACAUUAAUCGUUUAGCUCAUGAAUUUCCAAAGGCUCAUAGAACCAAUGAAACUGAUAAAGUCACUGUUUGGUGUUCAAAUGAUUAUCUUGGUAUGGGUAAGAAUGCUCAAACUCUUGCUGAAAUGAAGCGUGUUUUGGAUACUUAUGGUUCAGGUGCCGGUGGUACUAGAAAUAUAGCUGGUCAUAACCGUCAUGCUAUUAAAUUGGAAUCUGAAGUUGCGGCGUUGCAUAAACAUGAAGCUGCCCUUGUAUUUAGUUCUUGUUUCGUUGCUAAUGAUGCAGUUUUAUCAAUGUUUGGACAAAAGAUUAAAGAUUUAGUUAUCUUUUCAGAUGAGUUAAAUCAUGCGUCUAUGAUCCAAGGUAUUAGAAAUUCCAGAGCCAAGAAGGAAAUUUUCAAACAUAAUGAUUUGAAAGAUUUAGAAGCAAGAUUAGCUCAAUAUCCAAAAUCUACUCCUAAAUUAAUUGCUUUUGAAUCUGUUUAUUCCAUGUGUGGUUCAAUUUCUCCAAUUGAAGCUAUUUGUGACUUGGCUGACAAGUAUGGAGCUUUAACUUUCUUAGAUGAAGUUCAUGCUGUUGGUAUGUAUGGUCCUCAUGGUGCUGGUGUUGCAGAACAUCUUAAUUUCGAUGUUCAAUUAAAGACUGGUAUUUCUAAACCAGAUGUUGAGACUGUCAUGAACAGAAUUGAUAUGGUUACUGGUACUUUAGGUAAAGCUUUUGGUACUGUUGGUGGUUAUGUUACUGGUAAGGCUAAAUUAAUUGAUUGGUUUAGAUCUUAUGCUCCAGGAUUUAUUUUUACUACUACUUUACCUCCUGCUAUCAUGGCAGGUUCAUCAGCUUCAAUUAGAUAUCAAAGAUCUACUUUGGCUGAUCGUAUUAAUCAACAAAAGAACACUAGAUAUGUUAAGAACAAUCUUAAUGAUAUUGGAAUUCCAGUUAUUCCAAAUCCUUCUCAUAUUGUUCCAGUAUUAGUUGGUAAUGCAGCUGAUGCUAAGAGAGCAAGUGAUUUAUUAUUAGAUAAACAUGGUAUUUAUGUUCAAGCUAUUAACUUCCCAACCGUUCCUAUUGGUGAAGAAAGAUUGAGAAUUACUCCUACUCCAGGUCAUGGACCAGAACUCUCCAAUCAGUUGAUUGGAGCUUUAGAUUCAGUAUUCAAUGAAUUGAGUUUGAAUAGAAUUAAUGAUUGGGAAAAUCAAGGUGGUUUAUGCGGAGUCGGUACUCCAGAAAAGGUCAAUAUUGAACAUAUUUGGACUGAAGAACAAUUAAGCUUAACUGAUGCUGAUUUAAAUCCAAAUGUUGCUGAACCUUUAAUUUCACCAAUUGGAGUUUCUUCUGGUGUCUCUGCUUAUUAGUGUGACUACAAAAACUAUUCACUAAUUACUACAAUGUCUGUUAUACUAUUUUUUUGUCUCAUUUUUAUAUAUUCUAACUAAAUCAGUCAGUCACCAUUUCUGGUGCUAAUUUACAGACACUCAAUUUUAUACUCUUGCUAUAUAGCUAUUCUGAACUGUUUACCAAAAAAUCCAAUAAAUAAAAUCAAUUACUCCCUA